AUGUUCCGUACAGUAGUUACCAAAAGCCUCUCGGUAGGCAUUCCCGCCAUUGGUACCAGGGCCUUCAGCUUGUCACCUGCCGCACAAGCCGCAGCUGAGGUGAACAAGAUUGGUGUCAUUGGCGCCGGUCAGAUGGGUCUGGGUAUUGCAUUAGUUGCAGCCCAGAAAGCUGGUGUUCCCGUUACUUUGGUUGAUAGCUCACAGACAUCAUUGGAUAAAGGCCUUAAGUUCGCUGAUAAGCUUUUGGAGAAAGAUGUUGCCAAAGAGCGCAUUACAAAAGACGCUGCAGUGAAAGUUCGCUCAAUGCUCACGCCUACGACAAAGCUUGAAGAUGUUUCAGAUGUAGACUUCGUUAUCGAAGCCGUUCCUGAAAUUCCUGAUCUGAAGCUUGCAGUCUUCUCCAAGCUCGCUCACAUUGCUCCCAAACACGCCAUCCUUGCGACAAACACCUCCUCCAUCUCAAUUACCAAAAUCGCAGCCGCUACUACCACGGAUCCAAAAGAUUUGUUGAAUUCUUCAAGGGUCAUUUCUACCCACUUCAUGAACCCUGUGCCCAUUCAAAAGGGCGUGGAAAUAAUCACCGGCUUGCAGACAUCGCAGGACACCAUCGAUACCACCCUCGAAUUCAUGAAGCGAAUGGGCAAAAUACCUGCCCGCUCGACGGAUUCUCCCGGCUUCUUAGCUAAUCGCAUCCUUAUGCCAUAUAUCAAUGAAGCAAUUUCAUGCCUAGAAAACGGAAUCGGAACACGGGAGGAUAUUGAUAGCAUUAUGAAGUAUGGGACUAAUGUUCCCAUGGGACCGCUUACUCUGGCUGAUUUCAUUGGAAUUGAUACUUGCCUUGCUAUUAUGAACGUGUUGCACCAGGAGACAGGGGACAGCAAGUAUCGACCUGCGGGUCUUUUAAAGAAAAUGGUUGAUGCAGGCUGGUUAGGCAAGAAGUCAGGAAAGGGAUUCUACGACUAUUAA